CGCUUUCCUUGCCUUGGGCCAGGCUGCCCUGAACUUUCUCCCUCCGCACUUUACCGCCCCUCACCCUUUUCCUCAGAAAGUUGGGAGUGCCUGGGAGAAAAGGAGCGGAGCCUCUGGCAUGCUUGGUGUAGGAGUGCCUUAGGAACACGGACAGCUCACCUGCUGCCAAAGGUUAUUUUGGGAACUAGGGGCCUGAGGAACGCAGAAGGGAGCGAGUGUGCCGCUCCGCUCCUGGCUUCCUAGGAUGCUGUUGAAGAGCUCUGAUGUCUUUGCUACGCUGACAGCCUGCUACCUGCUCGCCCUUCUUGGGACUCCAGGUCUUGGCAAUGAAGAAAUCCUGAUGAAGCCGGAACUGAGCAUUCGGGGAGAUCAAUUGGUGAUACAGGCUGGUGGAACCUUUGACAUUACCUGCAGAGGAUUGGCUGCCAUGACCUGGACCUGGGGCAGUGAGCCUGCAGGAAGCCGGGCCCGUACUUUAGAGCAUCCUUGCUCUGAUAAUCCCCUUGUCACUUGCAAUCGGCUCACCAUUUUGCACACAGAAGCUGGUGACACUGGUUACUUCACAUGUAGCUACAAGGACACGGAUGACACAGAGGAUCUUAAUGACAAGGCCAGCGUAUAUGUGUAUGUCAAAGAUGACAGCCAGAUCUUUGUGCAAACCUACUACGAUACACCAUUGGUGAUCACUGUGUUUACUGGGACCCAAGACGUGGUUGUACCAUGUCGUGUCACUUCUCCUGAUAUUGAUGUCAAGCUUCAGUUGUUGCAUCCUGCCACAUUCACCUAUGCAGGCUUGAACUGGGAUCCCAGAAAAGGCUUCACUGUGAGCCGCCCCUCUUACCACUUCUUUAGUACUAUUCUCCAGUGCAUUGCUGAAGUCAACGGGAAGAUCCACAGGUCGCUCUAUCUCCCACAGCAUUUGGAAACCAAGAGAGAAAAUAUUUCUAUUAGAUACAACCAUCAGAAACUUCUCCUGGGAGACACCCUUUUCCUACAGUGUGUUGCAGAAACCACAUUCAACGGACGAAUCAAACUGGAUUGGAUAUUCAACCGGAGAGAUUCCAAGAUAACACCUAAAUGUUGUGAAAUUAAAAGGAACUUAGACCGAGGAUCCCCCGUGUACAAAAGCUAUAGCAACUUGACCAUUUGGAAUGUAACUAUGGAAGAUAAGGGUUUGUACAUUUGUGCAGAAGAAAACAACACUGCUCUGCAAGCCAAUGUGACUAUCACAGUGUACAAGAAAGCAUUUCUCAAUGUGAGCUAUAAAAGAAGCCGUGUUUAUGAGGUGACAGCUGGGCAAAGUAUGCUCAAAAUAGGAAUAAGGGUGGAUGCUUUUCCUCGCCCCAAUGUGACUUGGUUCAAAGAUGGGAAACCACUCCUUAUAAACCAAACGUUACAACCUGAUCCUCUUAAGUACAAGCUGACAAUCCUGGAAGUGAAUGCAAAGCAUGCUGGUAACUACACUUUUGCCCUGAGCAAUACUAAACAUGGUUUAUACAAGAACAUCACAAUACAACUGAUUGUCAAUGAAAAACCUAAAAUAUAUGAGAAGGAAACAGAUUUGAAGAGCAUCCAACCAGUGUUCCUUGGCAGUGAGAACACCCUUCGUUGUACUGCAAGUGGUGUCCCUACUCCCUCCUUUUUGUGGGCCUGGGAGCCCUGCAGUCAGAUGGAUGAAAUGUGUUUGGAACGGGGCAAACGUGUGCUGCUUGCCAGUGAGACUAUGAAAAGUGACCUCUAUGUAGGCAACAAGAUUUUUUCCAUUGAGGAAAAUGUAUUGCCACAUGGAGAAAAGACCAAGAUCGUGAGCAAACUGUCUAUACUGACCAGCAAUGUUUCUGGUAUAUACUACUGCAUAGCUGUAAACAAGGCUGGAAUCGAUGAGCGAAGCAUUCACUUCUAUGUCUCAGACGUGGCUGAUUUCCUGGAGUCUGAACCUCUAGUCUCAAUGAUUGAAGGUUAUGAUGCUCGGCUCAAAUGUAAAGCGGCUAAAUAUAUCUACAAUCAGCUUGCUUGGUUCAAUCCCUUUGGGGAGAAGAUUCCUGUUAUACACACUGAAAGCUUCAAAAAUAACUUCUCGAUCUCCUUGACGCUGGUGAUUAAGAAUGUGAGCAAGCAGGAUACUGGGCAGUACAAAUGCAAAGCUUGGGCCCAGAAGAACAUCACCGGAAUGACAGAGCGCAAUACUCAGCUAUUAAUUAGAGAAAAAAUUGCUCCAUUCAUUAUUGAGAAUCUCACCAAUAUUGAAGUCAACAGGAGUGGCAAGAUUUUGCUGGAGUGCAGAGUGGGUGGGAUCCCAUGCCCUCAGAUUCACUGGUUUAAAAAUGGAGUUCCUCUUCUCCCUGCUUCAGGAAUCUUCUUUGAGAACAGCACCCUCGUUGUUGAGAGAGCUAAGAAAGAUGAUGAGGGACUGUAUCUCUGCAAAGCUGUCAAUGAGUUGGGAGAAAUCAGUACUGCAGCUCUUAUCACCGUGGAGGGGUCUGAAGAGAAAUCCAAUAUUGAAGUCAUCAUUCUUGUUUGUACUGGCCUUGCAGCUACUCUUUUCUGGCUUCUUCUGACCCUGAUUAUUAGAAAACUUCAAAAACCAAAUAUGUCAGAAAUCAAAACUGGCUACUUAUCCAUCAUCAUGGAUCCUGAAGAGAUGCCUCUUGAUCAACAGUGUGACAGACUUCCCUAUGAUGACAGUAAAUGGGAAUUCCCCAGGGAUCGACUACGGCUAGGGAAAAUUUUGGGUCAUGGAGCCUUUGGCAAAGUGGUAGAGGCUUGUGCCUUUGGCAUUGACAGAGCUUCAACUUGUAAAACAGUGGCCGUGAAAAUGCUGAAAGCAGAUUGUGCAACUUCCAAUGAAUGUAAAGCUUUGAUGUCAGAGCUGAAGAUUCUCAUUCACAUUGGCCACCACCUCAAUGUGGUCAACUUGCUGGGAGCCUGUACUAAACCUGGAGGUCCUUUGAUGAUCAUUGUAGAAUUCUGCAAGUAUGGAAACCUGGCCAAUUUCCUAAGAGGAAAGAGAGGAGACUUUAUUGCUUCCAAGGCUCAGCUCAAUAUAGAAAAGAAGAUGAAGACCAUUCAUGACUCUGACAACGAACUCUCUCAACUAACUAAGCACCGUCUGCAGAGUGUGGCCAGCACAGAAAGUUCCACCAGCUCUGGUUUUAUUGAGGACAAGAGCUACAGUGAUUCUGAUGAGGAGGAAGAAAGUAAUCGUCGCCUUCUUGGAAGAGUAGACCUGGAUGAUCUCUACAAGCAUCCCCUCACUCUGGAGGACCUCAUCUGCUAUAGCUUCCAAGUAGCCAAGGGCAUGGAAUUCCUAGCUUCCAGAAAAUGCAUUCAUCGAGACUUGGCUGCCCGGAACAUCCUUCUAACUGAUAACAAUGUUGUGAAGAUUUGUGAUUUUGGUUUGGCUAGAGACAUCUACAAAGAUCCUGACUAUGUCUGGAAAGGAGAUGCUAGACUGCCACUUAAGUGGAUGGCACCAGAAGCAAUUUUUGACAAGGUUUAUACCACCCAGAGUGAUGUGUGGUCUUUUGGAGUCUUGCUUUGGGAAAUAUUCUCUCUAGGUGCCUCGCCAUACCCAGGAGUACAAAUAGAUGAAGACUUCUGCCGUCGACUUAAGGAAGGAACACGAAUGAGAUCCCCUGAAUAUUCCACUCCUGAAAUCUACCAGACCAUGCUUGACUGCUGGCACAGUGUGUGUACCCUAAGACCCAAUUUCUCUGACCUGGUUGGGCGACUUGGAGAUCUCCUUCAGGCCAGUGUUCAACAGGAUGGCAAAGACUACAUCCCCCUCAGUGGCACUGAUGGAAUGCCCACCUUUAUGAAUCUGGAUCCAGUACAAGAGACCAUGAGCAAUGAUACCACCUUGGAAGACAGCACUGAGUCCCAGAAGGAUCCACUGAUUGGAUUGCUUGGUGAGAUGCAGGUGACAAAGAAACAGGAUGAAGCUGCUGUUGUGAGCAUUGCAGGAGACUAUGCCACUGUUCUGAACUGGGAUAAGAUCAGAAGACAGAAGUGCCUGGAAAUCCAUUCCUGGCCACAUGGAAUCAUGGCCUUAGGACCAAGAGAUGUCAGCAGGAGCAAGGAAUCCUUUGUGAUGGAGGCCGAUUUGGAGCUUGUGAAAUACCAUUCAGCCCCUGUUCUUGAAGAGGAAGGUCAAUUGGAAGAUACUUCCCUCCUGCCACUGGAUUCCACACUUGAGUGUCACAGCCCACCUCCUGAUUAUAAUUUUGUGGUUCACUACAGCACUAUAUCCAUGUAACCUACUAACAGUACUCUUCCUUUUUCAUAUAUUCAAACCACUCUUUACUCCUUAUAAAAAUUAACAAUGUUUUCCACACCCAUGUCAUGGUAACAAUAUUACUUUGAUCCUGGAAGAAGAGCGAGAAAGACAUUUUAUCGAAGAGUCCCCACUUUUUACACUGUUGUGGCACACAGUUGGCCAAAGUCAUGCUGUUUGAUCUGAUGGAGAGACAACAUGAUGUCCUGUCCAUUUCUCUUGUAAUUUAACACUUAUCAACUCAUCCAGGUGUGUUUAGAAUUCCAGCAGCAUUUUAGUCAAUCAGAAACUAAGAUCACAGUAUAUUGAAUCCUCAGAAAUCAACAUCUAAACAUUAUUUGGUGAGCUUCUAUCUGGGUGUGUUUUCUUUAAAAAUUAAACCUACAUAAAGCAACACAUAAUAUCCUCCGGAAUGUGGACUUCCUAUUCAUCAUUUUAUAAAUGGAAAAACCAACAUCCAGAGGAAAAAAGGAGUUUGUGUACAUAUCACCACACUACUAGGUCAGAGUGAUUGCCACCAUUUUAAAUUCUCUGACCUUACACAUAUGCACCUGCAUGAGCAUUUGUUAGUGUAAAAGAGAUCCUAAUAGGAGGCCUUGACUUCCUUCUCCUUUUUGGCUAAUGUGCAUCAGAAAACAUGGCUAACCCUUGGAAAUGGAGCACUGAUUUUGCGCUUCAAAUGCUGCAAUUUCUUCUGUGGUGACCUGAACAUUACUAGUACUAUUAAAAUUCAAUGUAUACUUAAGACACAAGGGCAUUAACGCUGUAUGAGGUAUGCCAGAUUCAGAUGCUAUCUACUUUAAAAAGUUUGUGAAGAGGCCCAGAGAAUCAUAGCCAAAGCUCCUAUGGUUUGAGUCUGCUCAAAACAAAGAGGCACAUACAAGUUCUUUUAUCUCUGUAUGCCUUAGCCUUCUUCAAACACUGGCUACUUGAUUUGGAAUAAGUAAGGCAAAAUGUGUGACAGAAGAAAGGAUGAAGAAAUUACCAGUUUCCAACUGCUGUUAGUGUCAUCUCCUUCUUUCAGGGUCAGCUUUGUCACUGGCCAAUGAAGACUCAUUGGUUGGUAUCACCAAUGCUAUCACUGGUUGGUAGUAGUGAAGGACCAAGCCUGAUUUCUCCUGCUUCCCUGUUAUAAUGCAUAUUAUUUAUACUAACAGUAACAAGAAUAUUACCAUUGUUUGGCUAUGUACCCAAUAUCCCUUACCAGUUGUCCCUGAUGACCAGUAGCUUAGCCAGGUGUCAGGUUUUGCUAACACAGUUUUUAUGGCAGGAAUCCCAAGAACAGAAAGGAAUGACAUUAUCAUCAGCAGUAAGCCAACUUUAUCAGAUUCUUGUCCAUGGUUCACUGUAGAUUAAUUGUGCGCAUGUUAUCAUAUUUUGUUAGUAUUUUGCCAUUCUUUUUUUUUCCUCCUUAAAUAUUGUUUCUUUCUUUUAUGGGAGUAUAUCAUCUUUAUGUGGGCACAUGCACAAGUGAGGAAAUCUCACAAAAGUCAGGGAAAAGUGUUUUGAAAAAUCCAUGAGUGGGUUUCAAUUUCUUGCACCAAAUGAAUUUUUAAUUUUCUAUUUUCAUGAACUUUUUAAAGUACCCUAAAUAGUCAAAAAUAUGUUUGCAACUUAUUAUUCUAUAAAAUAAUCUUAUACAAUACUGACAGCACUUCCAUAGGCUGAACCGCUGUCUCAUGGAGAGUGGGACUGGGUGUCCAACAAUAAUUUUAAAUGACAACUCCUCUUAUCUUUUUCUGAAUUACCAGAGCUUAUUUUCCUUUUACAUGUAGCUCCAUCUAGCGUUUCAGAUUGGGCAAAUCUUUUUUUUUUUUUUU